CACUCGUAUUAAUUAAUAGUAAUAAAAUCAUCUUGUACUUCAUUAAUCAAAAAUCAAGAAAAUUGAUCACAGACAUGAUUAGGGUUUGUUAAAUGUAAUCUGCCAGAGUAAUAGUAGUUGAGAAUGGAGGAAGUUCCUCUCCAAGAACCCAUCAAAACAAAAGCCCCUUCUCAGCUAACAAGUGAGAAAUCAAAGCGAAAGCAGACUAUGGAUUGUGCGAAUGAAUCUUUAGUUCAUAAUGCCGAUUCUGUGCGGGGAUCUAGAGGAGUAAAAGGUGAUCAUAAGAAAUCCAAUCCAUCUAAGAAUCCAAGAUACAUUGAUACUCGUUUGGAUGACCUGUUUCCUGCUACAAAAAACAGCAAACGGGUUAAGAUGCUGCCUGAAAAGAGAAAUGAUAUUGUACAAUCACUAAUGGAUGUAAACGUUACUUCUGAUCAUACUGAAGGAUUCAAGAGGUCUGCUUCUAAGAAGUUUACUGCUGAGAGGCAACUACAGGGUUCAUGUACUGAUGACGUUAGGAAUACGCAAUCUAACAGCACAUUUGAAAAAUGUAACGGAAGUUCAGAGGUGUCAUCAGGGGGUGAAAAAUCAUCAGGCAUUUCAGUUGAUAUGGAUAAAGCCUUCAUAGCGCUCGCAGCUGGUGUGCCUCCAAGCAUCUCAGCACCUGCUGACUCUUCCAAAGGAUAUACAAAUUCAGCAUCAACAAAGUAUUGCUCCGAGUUUCAUGUUCCUGGGCUAAGCAUUCCACUAGAUUUGACUCUGAAAACUAGCAUGCGAGUGGUAUCUUCCUCUUCCGUCAAUUGGUUUCAUAGGUGGAGAAGUAGAGGAACGUUUAAUGGUUUUGGGCAGUCAAAUGCCAAUACAACAACAUUAUGCUCUUGGGUGCAUCCACAGUGUUCUUUUCCCACCUCAGUCAUAAAAGCAUUAACUUCUAACUUGGAAGGGGAAGGACAAAUGGAUUUUUUGAGCAAACGUCAAUUGGCAUGGGAGACAUCAUUCCGUAGCCUUUAUGUCAUGUUAAGGAAGAAUGUUUCUAGCAUCUUUUAUGUAUGCACUGAACAGUUUGUCGCAAUGUUCAUUAAUGGCAAUGGCUCAAUUGAAAGCAAAAGUGCAUGCAAUGCUUACAUAUCCCAGUCAACAAGAACCUUAAGAUCACUGUUAAAAGAACAGGACAUCAGUUUCACUAUGCCUCUAUGUCACUCUAAAUUGGAGCAACAUUCUGCAGAAGAGUUAAUCAAGUACUCCGAUAUUGAAAAAGAUGGCAUGGGAAUGAGUAAGCACAUAAGCUCUCUGUCUGAUGUGGACAAUACCCCAGAAUCUUUGCUGGCAUUUAGUGGCAAUAACAAUGUGCAUGGACUGUAUGAUUUUCUGCUUAACUAUAGGUUUUUGCUAACAUCUCUGACUAGUUCUGAUGUUCCAGUCUUGUAUUCACCGGUACCAUUUGACAAUGCUGCACUUUUUGAACCAGAGGUCAAAUGCCAGGAGGUCAGGAGAAUUGAUGACUCGACUCUUUUACUAAAAGAGUCUUCUACCACAACUGAGCCUAAUCAGGGGUCAGAGUCCACUUCCUAUAACAGUAUUGAGAUCAGGGAUCCGUAUCUUCCCCCAUGGAUGAUAAAAGGCGUAUGUGAGGCACUAACGUCUAAUGGCAGUGAUUUUGAGGCAAGUUUUGUGAUAGAAGCUAUGUCAGUUGGUUUGAACAUUGCUAUUGACAUGGUUUGCCAGAAGGUUGAUGACAAAGUCGCAUCAGAUGAAAGUUUGCCUGAAAAGCAUUCGUCAUUUGGCAUCACAAACACUAUUAUUUCUCCUCAAAUGAGUCAUGCUUUCUUGAAAAGUUUGAAAUACUCUGAUCAUUCUUACACGGCAUUUCUUUCACCAGUAUGAUCAUGAAAUCUGGGAUCACUUUUGUAUAUCUUGUAGUACGCUAACUCUCGUGGAGCUCUUUUGCAAAUUUUGAUCACUCGUUAAGCCUACUUCAUUACAUAUUCUUUUGAAACUAAAGCCAGAAUGGCAUGCUUCUUUAGUAAUGAAAAAUGAUAAUGUGUUUGCACA